GUUGGCCUACGUAACUCCCACUGCACUCCCCCCCCCACUCCACUCCCCACCAACACCAGCACCACCAGCAACUUCAACGGUCAACAGGAACCAAAACACUUAAAACAACCCACCCCACAAACACACCCACACUAUCCCCUGCUCUCUCUCUCUCUCUCUCUCUCUCGAUCGGAGCCUUCUAAGAAAACAAACCAUGUCUCUCGACGAACCCAACAAAGUCAUCAAGGUGCUGGCCUGUGAUGGUCGAACGGGCGAGCAACGCGAGAUCGGCUACACCGGCACUCAUGUCGUCGGAAAUGGCUCCUUUGGCGUCGUCUUUAGCGCUCAACUCGUCGUCGGCUCCGUUCAUCCCUCCGGCAAAGAAGAGGUCGCAAUCAAGAAAGUCUUACAAGAUAAACGAUUCAAAAAUCGAGAACUUCAAAUCAUGAAACUGUUGAUUCAUCCAAACGUGGUCGACCUACGUGCUUAUUUUUAUUCGUCCGGAGAUAAAGCGAAGCGCGAUGAAGUCUUCUUGAACUUGGUGAUUGAGUAUGUGCCCGAAACCGUCUAUCGCGCCUCCCGUCAUUACUCCAAAUUGAAACAGGUCAUGCCGAUCUUGAACAUCAAGUUAUACGUCUACCAACUCUUGCGAUCACUAGCUUACAUCCAUUCUCUUGGAAUAUGUCAUCGAGACAUCAAGCCUCAAAACUUGCUAUUAAACCCAUCGACGGGCGUCCUCAAGCUAUGUGAUUUUGGCUCGGCGAAGAUCUUGGUGGCUGGAGAACCGAACGUCAGUUAUAUAUGUUCGAGGUACUACCGAGCACCAGAGCUGAUUUUUGGGGCAACCAACUAUACUACUAACAUUGAUAUCUGGUCGACUGGUUGUGUGAUGGCUGAGUUGAUGCUCGGUCAGCCUUUGUUCCCUGGUGAAAGCGGGAUCGAUCAAUUGGUUGAGAUCAUCAAGGUACUCGGAACUCCUACUCGAGAACAGAUCAAGACGAUGAAUCCUAACUACAUGGAACACAAGUUCCCGCAGAUCAAGGCACAUCCAUUCCCCAAGGUAUUCCGACCACGUACGCCGCCGGAUGCGAUCACAUUAGUCUCGAACUUACUAGAAUAUACGCCUUCUUCAAGAUUGACGGCGAUCGAAGCGAUGUGUCAUCCGUUCUUUGACGAAUUGAAACUGCCGGAGACCAAGUUGAGCUCGGGUAAACCCUUGCCCGAGUUGUUCGACUUCACCGAACUCGAGUUGUCCGUCAAACCCGAGUUGAUCAAGUCUCUCGUUCCCGAAUUCGUCAGAGAAAAGUUGAAGAUCGAGAGGAAUAUUGAUGUUGAUAACUUCAAACCGGUCGAACUUCCUAAAUUUACGCUCGAUUAGUCUUCUCUUCUCUUUUUUUUUGUCUUACUUUCUCAUCCCCUCUCCUAUAUUCCUUCUUCUAUCUUUUUACCCUUUUUCCCGCUUUUUUUUUUGUUUUGUAAAUCUCGGCCCUCAACUUUUUUUUGACAUACAUACAUUACAUAUGUAGUUUUUUUUUUUUUGAUGCCUCAAAUCUCAAGUGUCCACGUGCAUAUUUAUAUGUGUGUAUGCAUACAGACAUAUAUAUGUAUACAAAUAUAUGUGUGUGUGUUUAGGUGAUGUUUUGUGUGUUGUUUUUUGUGAGGGUGGUAGCGUGUUCUCUUUUCUUCUUACUUCUUUUUUUUUCUUUUUUUUUUUGGCUCUCUAUUAUGUUGGUCUUGAAGACAUGAUGAUUAAAGCAAAGGAAGUUUACAAAAAAAAAACAAUAACCAAAUUACAAAAUAACAAAGAAGAUAGAAUCAGAAACACGGUUAUUCACUUAUUUCAUACAUACAUUCUGUAUAUGUAACUUCUGUUUGCAACUUG